CUGAGCCGGCAAGAUGGUUGACGUGGGGUCAGGGUUGGAGAUUUCGGAUUUCGGUGCCCUCAAUGGAGGCCAGAGGAUGAAACUGCUGAACUUCAAGAUAAACACCAAGAUUGACAAUGAGAAAUACCUGCGGUCUCAUAAAGAAGUGGCGUUGCUCUUGUCGGGAUUUCUCAGGGAGGUCUUGCUGCAAAGGCCAGAAAAGAUCCAAGAGUUCGCUGCAGACUAUUUCACCAAUCCAGAACUCCCCAAGAAAAUCCAGCAGCAGCUGAUGGAGAAAAUGAACCGGUCUGUGUAAGAGCCACUGCCAGAUCUAUUGGAGGAAGGCCCUACUCCCCCGAUGUCACUCCCCUUUUUGGAGUUCCUUUAUCCAAAAGGUCUCCAAGACCACUCGCUAUAGCAGCCCAGGGUGUUAACAUUGAUUCUUCCGAAUUCCUUGUAACUGCUUCCAAUCUGGCUCCCAAUAAAGUCAGCCUGACCGAGAUGCAA